UGGUGUAUGAAGCGGUUGAGAAGCGAAAUAGCAGCGGACAGGACAAGAAACAAUGGCGACAGCGGCAACUGCAGCGGGUGGAACGGGUUCAGGGGGACCAGCAGCCGGCCCUGUGGGCGUCGGUACUGCGGUGUGCCGUAAGAAAGAUGGAGGUCCUUCCUCGAAAUACUGGGAGAGCGCAGAAACUGUCUCUCAGAUCGAUUCGGUGCGCCAAUGGAUCGGGAAACACUACAAAAAGGUUGGCGAGCGCUGGUUUUAACCUCCAUUGAUUUCUAACGUCAAGGCACGCGUCUCUAGCACAAUGGAAGUGCAAUCUAGCUUUCUCUUUCAAUCUAUCGCUCCCAUUAGGUACUUGUGGCAACCUAGAUAUUAAUAGAUAGUUAGCUUCAUCCAUAAAGAUGUCCAUCGCAACAUUAACGUUUUAACAACAUGAACAUUACAUGUCGAAAGAUAGCUAGGCUAGCUAACGAAAUGUUAGCUGCUAACUGAACAGCCUGACCAUACCGUCCGUAAUUUUUGUUUUGUUGCACGGCCAGCGCUACCUGAAGAGUUGUCUGUUUGUGUAACCUGUUAGCAAGGUAGCUAACAUAAUUAGCUAGUUAACGUACUAACUAAGGUAGGUAAGAUAACUAGUUAGUUAACAUGUUUUGAAACGGUAUCAUUGAUGUAAACAUUGGGGUGAUCCGGCAAGUCACGUGACUUGACGUAACUAACGUUAGUUAGCUACAGUAACGUUGGGUAACAUUGUGAUUGAGCAGAGAACAGCAGACGGAUCGAUUGGUGCGUUGAUGUCUUACAUUUAUGUCUAGUUAAUUAGCUGAAUCGUCUUGAUGGGAAGCCUCGACUACAUCAUGUACUGAACUAGCUUGAGCUAGGAGACAAACGGUGUUCCGCACAUAAAACCAAGCAAAGGCUGCCUUUGCUGACAGCAGCAAAACAUCUUAUAUUUUUUUAUAUUUUAGUCAUUUAGCAGACGCUCUUAUCCAGAGCGACUUACAGUUAGUGAGUGCAUACAUUUUCAUACUUUUUUCAUACUGGCCCCCCGUGGGAAACGAACCCACAACCCUGGCGUUGCAAGCGUCAUGCUCUACCAACUGAGCUACACGGGGCCCAGCGUGGUCGUGGAUGCACAUGCCAGCCUUAACGUAUGGAUUUCCCAAAACAACUGUAUUGAAAAGAAGUAACUAGCUACUGUAAACUAUUUAUUUUCUUGAAACCGGGGAGCCACUCUUCAGUGACCAGUGAAGGGGCCUCACUGAAUGAAAAAGUGAUAUCAUAUCACCCCUCAUUUACCUAAGAAAGGCUGUUCUUGUGGUCUUACAGUAUGAGCUACCUAAUCAUGAGAUUUUGUGUGUGUCUGCAUUGGCCAUGUGUUUGUCUGACCAUGUAGCCUAACACUUCUGUGGGCUCACAAUAUUCAAUCCCUCCUUUGUCUCACAUGAGUGUGCCACCGUCACUAACACAGUGGUCUUGUGGUGUCUCAGUAUGUACAGGCAGACUCUCCCUCCAAUAAGUCUCUGGCAGGGCUGGUGGUGCAGCUGCUUCAGUUCCAGGAAGAUGCUUUCGGACGGAGGGUCAACAACCCUGCCCUCACCAAGUUACCUGUGAGUAUCUCCUCCACACACAUCUUUACACCUGACCAGGUCGGGACAGGGACGGGACCUACACACAUAGUGAAAUUGAAAUGACGCCUAGACCUUUUUUGGGCAAGGGAAGAGUGGGCUAUGGAGGGUUUGAGGGCUUCCCAAUCACUUCUGCACAUUUUGUGUCAUAGUAGUUUGCCCUGUCUUUAUCUAUGUGAGCUAGCUUGUGUGAACGUCCCUCGCCCUUUUCUCUGUAUUGCCUCAUCAGACCAAGAGCUUCCUGGACUUCAAGGCAGGGGGUGCUCUGUGUCACAUCCUGGGCUCCACCUACAAGUUCAAGAGCGAGCAGGGCUGGUAAGUAGGGUCUUGAUUGAAUACUUAAAAAAUGCAUCAUUCCCACCUUGGACUAAUCACUUAUAUGAUUUGUAUAAUUAAUAUUUGAAAUGUUAUUUCUCCUGUGGAAUCACAUAGAAGGUAGUGGUUGCUUUAAGAGAGGGAGGUAAAAAGGAUGCCCUGUGAAGCUGAGUUGAGACUGUAAGUAACAAACAUAUGUUCUAUCCCUCCUAUCUGCAGGCGAAGGUUUGACCUGCAGAACCCCUCCAGGAUGGACAGGAAUGUAGAGAUGUUCUUGAAUGUAGAGAAGACCCUGGUUCAGAAUAGCUGCCUGACUCGACCAACCGUGUUCCUGGUGCCUGACAUGGAGCAGAAGCAGGCCAAUAAGCUGAAGGACAUCAUCAAGAGACACCAGGUAAGACACGCCCACCCAAAUUGCACCAACCAAUGGUAGGAUUGUGUCACCACUCACCAGACAUUCAAAUGGCAUCGUAAAGCUAUUUUCCUUCCUUCUUUCCUUUAGGGCUCCAUCACUGAGGAUAAGUCUAAGGCUACCCAUCAUAUCUACCCCUCUCCAACCCAGCAGGAGGAUGGUAAGUGAUGUGCUCUACUGAGAAAGGAAAUAAAGCUUCCCUUACAAUGUACAGUGCCUUCAGAAAGUAUUCAGACCCCUUGACUUUUUCCACAUUUUGUUACGUUACAGCCUUAUUCUAAAAUGGAUAAAAUAGUUUCCCCCCCUUAUCAAUCUACACACAAUACCCCAUAAUGACAAAGCAAAAACAGGUUUAGACAUUUUUGCAAAUUGUAUUUAAAAAAAAAAACUGAAAUAUUCAUUUACAUAAGUAUUCAGACCCUUUACUCAGUACUUUGUUGAAGCACCUUUGGCAGCCAUUACAGCCUCAAGUCUUCUUGGGUAUGACACUACAAGCUUGGCACACCUGUAUUUGGGGAGUUUCUCCCAUUUUUCUCUGCAGAUACUCUCAAGCUCUGUCAGGUUGGACAGGGAGCGUUGCUGCACAGCUAUUUUCAGGUCUCUCCAGAGAUGUUUGAUCGGGUUCAAGUCCGGGCUCUGCCUGGGCCACUUAACGACCUUCUUUUGCACGUAAAAAACAACCGGUGGACAGAGAGAGACUUGCUAGCUAGCUGGGAUUUUCUACAAGGAAUCUGCCUCCAGAAAAAAGCUUCUCCCAAGCGGGUGUGACACCUACUCCCGUUGCCUGCUGCACUGCUGCUUAGAUUCCACCUGGCGAUCUGUUCACCGUCUGCCCUGGCCUGUGUCCCCCUGUCUGGUACAGGUACCCCCCGCCACACACUCUCUCCCGAGCUUUCGCUCACCUCCAGCACACACACACACACCGCAGACUUUGGACUGAUCAGAAUUUUAGGUAGGCUAAUUAACUUGUGAAGCUUAUUAUGUGAGCUUACGCAAAUGCUUUAAUUAACUAGUAUAGGCCUACUAUUUAUUUAUUUUAUCUCAUACUUUUAUAGCCUACUGGACUCCGAGAGCUACUCUCAAGUUAUUUUGUUGGGGCGAGUGACUCUUUGAACUUACAAUGGCUAGCCCCAAGUCGUUAUAUUUUUUUAUUGUGCUUUAUGCUAUUUGCCUCAUGACUCCUGCGUGCUUUGUUGACUAUGAACUUACCCAACCGUGGGACAGACUGUUUGUUUCCACACUCCAGACUCUGACUCUCUAUUGGUUACACAGACUCUUGGCUUCCCAUCCUAUUCUAACCACCUCUCGUUGGCUUUGUAUUCAUGUUACCUGAUGAUGAAAUUGCUGUACGAUAUGAUCUUGUUGCCAUCUGAUGCACAUUCAAAUGUCAUAAAGAAUCAACACUGCAGAGCUCUCCCUGUCCUCUGCCGUGCCCUGAUUCUAUUACUAAUGAUGAUAUCUGGAAAUGUGCACCCUAACCCAUCUACUGUUGCUAGCCCCCAAUUCUGACUUGUGCUCUGAUAUGUUUCACUGAUUUCUGCUCUCCUAAAAGCCUGGGUUUUCUGCAUGUUAACACUAGAAGCCUAUUACCUAAAAUUGAUCAAUUGAAGAUAUGUGUUCACAGCUCCAAUCAGAUGUGUUGGUCAUUACUGAGACGUGGUUAAGAAAGUGUUUUGAACACUGAUGUUAACCUUUCUUGUUAAAACCUUUUUCGGCAAGACAGAUCUUCCAAAGGUGGUGGAGGGGCAAUCUUUACCAAGGAACACCUUCAGUGCGUGGUUCUCUCCACAAAGUCUGUCCCCAAACAAUUUGAUUAGCUGGUUUUAAGCAUUAAACUUUCAAGUAGCUCUUUGUUGACUGUUGCUGGGUGUUAUCCUCCACCAUCAGCACCGGCCUGUACCCUAAAUGCCCUAAGCUCUCUCCUGGCCCCUUACACUAAGUCUGAAUUUGUCCUGCUAGGUGACCUAAACUGGGACAUGCUUAAACCACCUGACCAAGUCCUAAAGCAAUGAGACUCCCUAAAUCUUUCUCAUAUUAUUACCACAAGGUAUGACUCCAAACACCCAGAAAAGGCUACUCUCCUUGAUGUUAUCCUCACAAAUAAUCCUGAUAGGUAUCAGUCUGGUGUUUUCUGUAAUGACCUUAGUGAUCACUGUUUUACAGCCUGUAUUCGUAAUGGCUGCUCAGUGAAACGACCUGUCCUGAUUUGUCAGACGCUUGCUAAAAAACUUGAAUGAGCAAGCCUUCCUUCAUGACCUGGCCUCUGUAAAUUGGUAUAGAAUCAGCUUGAUCCCCUCUGUCAAAGACGCUUGGACCUUCUUUUUUGAUAUUUUCAGUGGUAUUGUAAACAAACGCCCCCAUAAAGAAAAUGAGAAUGAAAAACAGGUUCAGCCCCUGGUUCGUCUGUGAUCUGGUAGAGUUACUCCACCUCAAGAAUUCCAUUUGGCGAAAGGCUCGGCACACACUUACUCAGGCUGACUGGCUCUCGUUCCGGCAAAUGAGAAAUAAGUGCACUCAGGCUAUCCGGAAGGCCAAAGUUAGUUACUUUAAGGAGCAGUUCUCUCUCUGUGGGUCUAACCCCAAGAAGUUCUGGAAAACGGUUAAAGACCUGGAGAAUAAACCCUCCUCCUCACAGCUGCCCAUGUCCCAUAAUGUUGAUGAUGUGGUUGUUACUGACAAGGAGCACAUGGCUGAGCUCUUUAAUCACCCCUUCAUUAAGUCAGGAUUCCUAUUUGACUCAGCCAUGCCUCAUUGCCCGUCCAACAUUUCCUCAUCUCCCACCCCUUCUAAUGCGACUAGCCCCGAUGCUCCCUCUUUUUCCCCUGCCCCACUACAUAGUUUCUCCCUGCAGGCGAUCACUGAGUCUGAGAUGCUAAAGGUUUAGAUGGUUUAGAUCCUUUCUUCUGUAAGGUUGCAGCCCAUAUCAUCGCCAAGCCUCUCUGACCUUUUUAACCUGUCUCUCCUCUCUGGGGAGGUUCCCAUUGCUUGGAAGGCAGCCACGGUGCGUGCUUUAUUUAAAGGGGGAGAUCAAUCUGAUCCUAACUGUUAUAGGCCCAUUUCUAUUUUGCCUUGUUUAUCAAAAGUGUUGGAAAAAACUUGUCAGGAAUCAACUGACUGGCUUUCUUGAUGUCUAUAGUAUUCUCUCUGGUAUGCAAUCUGGUUUCCGCACAGGUUAUGGAUGUGUCACUGCAACCUUUAAGGUCCUAAAUGAUGUCACCAUUGCCCUUGAUUCUAAGCAAUGUCGUGCUGCUAUUUUUAUUGACUUGGCCAAAGCUUUUGAUACGGUAGACCAUUCCAUUCUUGUGGGCCGGCUAAGGAGUAUUGGUGUCUCUGAGGGGUCUUUGGCCUAGUUUGCUAACUACCUCUCUCAAAGAGUGCAGUGUAUAAAGUCAGAACAUCUGCUGUCUCAGCCACUGCCUAUCACCAAGGGAGUACCCCAAGGCUCGAUCCUAGGCCUCACGCUCUUCUCAAUUUAGGCAGUAGGAAGCUCUCUCAUCCAUUUAUAUGCAGAUGAUAGUCUUAUACUCAGCUGGCCCCUCCCUGGAUUUUGUGUUAAACGCUCUACUAAGCUUUCUUAGUGUCCAACAAGCUUUCUCUGCCCUUAACCUUGUUCUGAACACCUCCAAAACAAAGGUCAUGUGGUUUGGUGAGAAGAAUGCCCCUCUCCCCACCCGUGUGAUUACUACCUCUGAGGGUUUAGAACUUGAGGUAGUCACCUCAUAGAAGUACUUGGGAGUAUGGCUAGACGGUACACUUUCCUUCUCUCAGCACAAAUCAAAGCUGCAGGCUAAGGUUAAAUCUAGACUUGGUUUCCUCUAUCUUUCACCCCAGCUGCCAAACUAGCCCUGAUUCAGAUGACCUUCCUACCCAUGCUAGAUUACGGAGAUGUAAUUUAUAGAUCGGCAGGUAAGGGUGCUCUCGAGCGGCUAGAUGUUCUUUACCAUUCGGUCAUCAGAUUUGCCACCAAUGCUCCUUAUAGGACACAUCACUGCACUCUAUACUCCUCUGUAAACUGGUCAUUUUUACAUUUACAUUUUAGUCAUUUAGCAGACGCUCUUAUCCAGAGCGACUUACAGGAGCAAUUAGGGUUAAGUGCCUUGCUCAAGGGCACAUCGACAGAUUUUUCACCUAGUCGGCUCGGGAUUAGAACCAGUGACCUUUCGGUUACUGCCACAACGCUCUUAACCACUAAGCUACCUGCUGUAUACCCGUCGCAAGACCCACUGGUUGAUGCUUAUUUAUAAAACCCUCUUAGGCCUCACUCCCCCCUAUCUGAGAUACCUACUGCAGCCCUCAUCCUCCACAUACAACACCCGUUCUGCCAGUCACAUUCUGUUAAAGGUCCCCAAUGCGCACACAUCCCUGGGUCGCUCCUCUUUUCAGUUCACUGCAGCUAGUGACUGGAACGAGCUGCAAAAAACACUCAAACUGGACAGUUUUAUCUUCAUCUCUUCAUUCAAAGACUCAAUCAUGGACACUCUUACUGACAGUUGUGGCUGCUUCGCGUGAUGUUUUGUUGUCUCUACCUUCUUGCCUUUGUGCUGUUGUCUGAGCCCAAUAAUGUUUCUACCAUGUUGUGUUGCUACCAUGCUGUGUUGUCAUGUGUUGCUGCCAUGCUAUGUUGUUGUCUUAGGUCUUUCUUUAUGUAGUGUUGUGGUGUGUUUUGUCCUAUAUUUUUAAUCCCAGCCCCCGUCCCCGCAGGAGGCCUUUUGCCUUUUGGUAGGCUGUCAUUGUAAAUUAUAAUUUGUUCUUAACUGACUUGCCUAGCUAAAUAAAAAAUAAAAAUAAAAUUCAGAGACUUGUCCACUCCUGCGUUGUCUUGGCUGUGUGCUUAGGGUCGUUGUCCCGUUGGAAGGUGUACGUUCGCCCCAGUCUGACGUCCUGAGCGCACUGGAGCAGGUUUUCAUCAAGGAUCUCUCUGUACUUUGCUCCGUUAAUCUUUUCCUCAAACCUGACUAGUCUCCCAGUCCCUGCCGCAGAAAAACAUCCCCACAGCAUGAUGCUGCCACCACCAUGCUUCACCGUAGGGAUGGUACCAGGUUUCCUCCAGACAUGACACUUGGCAUUCAGGCCAAAGAGUUCAAUCUUGGUUUCAUCAGACCAGAGAAUCUUGUUUCUCAUGGUCUGAGAGUCUUUAGGUGCCUUUUGGCAAACUCCCAAGCGGGCAGUCAUGUGCAUUUUACUGAGGAGUGGCUUCCGUCUGGGCACUCUACCAUAAAAGCCUGAUUGGUAGAGUGCUGCAGAGAUGGUUGUCCACAGAGGAACUCUGGAGCUCUGUCAGAGUGACCAUCAGGUUCUUGAUCACCUCCUGACCAAGGCCUUUCUCCCCCGAUUACUCAGUUUGGCCGGGCGGCCAGCUCUAGGAAGAGUCUUGGUGGUUCCAAACCUUUUCCAUUUAAGAAUAAUGGAGGCCACUGUGUUCUUGGGGACCUUCAAUGCUGCAAACAUUUUUUGGUACCCUUACCCAAAUCUGUGCCUCAACACAAUCCUGUCUCAGAGCUCUAUGGACAAUUCCUUCGACCUCAUGGCGUGUUUUUUUCUCUGACAUGCACCGUCAACUGUGGGAACUUUAUAUAGGUGUGUGCCUUUCCAAAUCAUGUCCAAUCAAUUUAAUUUACCACAGGUGAACUCCAAUCAAGUUGUAGAAACAUCUCAAGGAUGAUCAGUGGAAACAGGAUGCACCUGAGCUCAAUUUCGAGCCUCAUAGUAAAGGGUCUGAAUACUUAUGUAAAUAAGGUAUUUCUGUUUUUAUGCAAAAAUUAAGAAAAAACCUGUUUUUGUUUUGUCAUUAUAGGGUAUUGUGUGUAGAUUGAGAAAUGUGGAUUUAGUCAAGGGGUCUGAAUACUUUCUGAAGACACUGUCUAUAUCACAUACUUUGUUAUAAACAUUGGCCUAGGCCCUGUUAUAGGCUGGAUUGUGCUGUAAUCUUUGAAUCUAAUUCCUUAUGGCCAUGUUACUGAGGCUUACCCUACUCUCACAUCAUAUUUCAAACAAAGUAAAAUAUGUGUAUGCAGUAAUAUACUAUUACUAAUACAGUAGUGUGUAUUCAUUACUUGAGUAUGUGUGUGUACGCUGGUAAAAAGGUGUGUGUUUGUCUUGCAGAGGAGUGGCUGCGUCCAGUCAUGCGUAAAGACAAGCAGGUUCUGGUGCACUGGGGCAUGUACCCAGACAGGUGAGAGACUGGCACCUUUUAGACUUUAACGUUGCUGCUCCUGUCUGCCUAUACAUCCACCCACUGUGACCUGUGACUGACCUUUAACGCCUCUUCUCUGUGCGGUCAGUUAUGACACCUGGGUGUCCACCAGCGACGUGGAAGGGGAUGUGGAGGAUCCACCCACCUCUGAGAAGCCCUGGAAGGUGAGGAUAGAGCAGCCAGUCAUGAUAAUGUUAUAUACAGUGAGGGGGGGAAAAGUAUUUGAUCCCCUGCUGAUUUUGUACGUUUUCCCACUGACAAAGAAAUGAUCAGUCUAUAAUUUUAAUGGUAGGUUUAUUUGAACAGUGAGAGACAGAAUAACAACAACAAAAUCCAGAAAAACACAUGUCAAAAAUUUUAUAAAUUGAUUUGCAUUUUAAUGAGGGAAAUACGUAUUUGACCCCCUCUCAAUCAGAAAGAUUUCUGGCUCCCAGGUGUCUUUUUAUACAGGUAACGAGCUGAGAUUAGGAGCACACUCAAAGAGCUCUCCAAGGAUGUCAGGGACAAGACUGUAGACCUACGCAAGGCUGGAAUGGGCUACAAGACCAUCGCCAAGCAGCUUGAUGAGAAGGUGACAACAGUUGGUGCGAUUAUUCGCAAAUGGAAGAAAGAACUGUCAAUCUUCCUCGGCCUGGGGCUCCGUGCAAGAUCUCACCUCGUGGAGUUGCAAUGAUCAUGAGAAUGGUGAGGAAUCAGCCCAGAACUACACGGGAGUAUCUUGUCAAUGAUCUCAAGGCAGCUGGGACCAUAGUCACCAAGAAAACAAUUGGUAACACACUACGCCAUGAAGGACUGAAAUUCUUCAGCGCCCGCAAGGUCCCCCUGCUCAAGAAAGCACAUAUACAGAGCUGUCUGAAGUUUGCCAAUGAACAUCUGAAUGAUUCAGAGGAGAACUGGGUUGUGGUGAGAUGAGACCAAAAUUGAGCUCUUUGGCAUCAACUCAACUCGCCAUGUUUGGAGGAGGAAGAAUGCUGCCUAUGACCCCAAGAACACCAUCCCCACCGUCAAACAUGGAGGUGGAAACAUUAUGCUUUGGGGGUGUUUUUCUGCUAAGGGGACAGGACAACUUCACCGCAUCAAAGGGACGAUGGACGGGGCCAUGUACCGUCAAAUCUUGGGUGAGAACCUCCUUCCCUCAGCCAGGGCAUUGAAAAUGGGUCGUGGAUGGGUAUUCCAGCAUGAAAAUGACCCAAAACACACGGCCAAGGCAACAAAGGAGUGGCUCAAGAAGAAGCACAUUAAGGUCCUGGAGUGGCCUAGCCAGUCUCCAGACCUUAAUCACAUAGAAAAUCUGUGGAGGGAGCUGAAGGUUCGAGUUGCCAAACGUCAGCCUCAAAACCUUAAUGACUUGGAGAAGAUCUGCAAAGAGGAGUGGAACAAAAUCCCUCCUGAGAUGUGUGCAAACCUGGUGGCCAACUACAAGAAACGUCUGACCUCUGAUUGCCAAAAAGGGUUUUGCCACCAAGUACUAAGUCAUGUUUUGCAGAGGGGUCAAAUUCUUAUUUCCCUCAUUAAAAUGCAAAUGAAUUUAUAACAUUUUUGACAUGCGUUUUUCUGGAUUUUUGUUGUUGUUAUUCUGUCUCUCACUGUUCAAAUAAACCUACCAUUAAAAUUAUAGACUGAUCAUGUCUUUGUCAGUGGGCAAACUUACAAAAUCAGCAGGGGAUCAAAUACUUUUUCCCCUCACUGUAGGCCUAAUCAACCCCCACCUCCAGCCUGAAAAGUACUAGCAGACAUUACCACCCUUGAGUACCGCAGUUGUAGUGGAUUAGUUUUGACUCUUCUCUCUCCCUCUCCUCCCAGGUGCAUGCCAAGUGGGUCCUGGACACCGAUGCCUUCAACGAGUGGAUGAAUGAGGAAGACUAUGAGGUGGACGAGAACAAGAAGACUGUGAGCUUCCGCCAAAGGAUCUUCCCAAGGGAGGAAGAGGUAGGCCAAACUCUGGGGUGUGUGUUGUGGUAAUGUGUGUGUUAUGGAUUCUUAGGGCGGCAGGUAGCCUUGCGGUUAAGAGCGUUGGGCCAGUAACCGAAAGGUUGCUGGUUUGAAUCCCCGAGCCGACUAGGUGAAAAAUCUGUCGCUGUAUCCUUGAGCAAGGCACUUAACCCUAAUUUAUCCUGUAAAUCGCUCUGGAUAAGAGUGUCUGCUAAAUUACUAAAAUGUAAAUGUAGGAAGUGUGUGUGUCUAAGUGAGUUGCUGCACAACAGGGCUCUGCACUGUGGAUUGUUGUCUUGUUCUCGUCUGUCUGUUUCUCUCUUGUCUUUUUCUCUCGUUUCUGUGUCGUGUCACCCAUCCUUUCAAACUCUUCCUUGCUCUCCUCACCACCACAUCCUCCCUCUUCUCCUUCCCCGCUCCCCACUGUGUGAGACUGUUCCAUCCUCUCAUUCUCUUGCUCUGUCUCUCAUCUUGCCAUCCCCCGUGGUUCUGAUCAGUCUUCCCGUACACCCGAUCGUAAGGAGCGCAAGGCCAACGCCGCCGGGAAGAAGAGGAGGCGCUCGCCAUCUCCCCCGACCACCCCAGCCGAGUCCCGCAAAAAAGGGCGGAAAAAGGGGGUGAGCCCCCCAAAGUCCAGAUUAGGACCGUUUCCGCCCAAAAAUCCAAUUUAGCCAUUAGGGGAAAAACACAAAAUGCCCAUGGUCAUGUUUUGGGAAACUUAAAGCCCCUUGACCCUCUUCCCCUGUCCCAGGACCGGGCUCACUGAAGCGGGUGGCCCCCGGGGCGAGGAGGAGGAGGGGGAAAGAGGCCCCUGACCAAGGACAGGGCCCCCCUCGCCUUUUCCAAGGAGGGGGUCAUUUGCCAAAAAAGGUCAUUUUUUCCCCAACCGCCCGUCUUUUUCCCCUCAUUGCUUCCCCUCUGGACCCUUUCCCUUUGUCUUUUUUUUCCCAUGUUCUCACCCCCACCUCUCCCUUUCUUCCCCCCCGGGGCCCCCCCCUCCCCUUUCCCCUUUUUUGGGCAACCCCCAAAACUUUUUCUCCCUUCUCUCCCUUUUGUUUCUUUCUAGUCUCCUUUUCCCUUUCCCCCCCUUCUUAUUUUUUUACGUUAAAAAGCCCUUUUUCCUCUCUUUUUUAUUUUUUUUCUUCCCCCCCCCCCAACCCCACCCUUCCUCCUUCUUACUUUUUUUUUCUUUUGGCCUUUAUCCGGGGAUUUUUUCUUUUUUUUUUCGGGCCCCUGGGUGCCCCAAAACCCGAAAAAGCCCCCUAUAACUGAGUUUCCCCGGAUUUCCCCCACCCCGGAAACCGGGCCAAUUUUCCCGGGCCCCCCAUUGGGGGGGGGUUUUCCCGGUGGAUUGAAAAAAGGGUUAGUGGCAAAUUUUCAGCACAUGCCCAAAUCCCAAAAAACCCCCCCAAAAAACCCCCCCCCAAAUUAAAAAAAGGGGGGGUUUUUAAACCCCCCGGUUCCCCCCCUUUUUUCCUACGGAACCGGGGCCUUUUUUAGUUUGGGUUAAAUUUUUCGGGGGAAAUUUAAAAAAACCCCCCUGAAAAAAAGGGUUUUUUUUUGGGGUUUGUGUCCCACUUUUCCUCGUUCUCCUCUUCCUCGCUCCUCUGUCCUCACCCCUUUUUCACUCUCACCCCUACUUCCCUCUCCCUCCUCGUGGUCCACCCCUCCCUCUCUUCUCCUUCAUUGGCUCAGUCACUCUAAAUCACAUGUUGUAAAUCUCCCUUUCUCUCUCAUGGUCCUGUUUCUUUCUCUGAGUGCAUCCAUCUUAUGCUUGUCACCAUGUUGACUUGCAUUUUAUUCAUCUCUGUAGUAACUGCAGUUUGUUCCUCUCUGAAUUUGUUAUUUUUUUCUAACUGUGACACGCCUCACAUACACACAUACACGCUGUCCUUGCCAAGAUUUACAUUUACAUUUUACAUUUUAGUCAUUUAGCAGACGCUCUUAUCCAGAGCGACUUACAGUUAGUGAAUACAUAUUUUUUUAAUACUGGCCCCCCGUGGGAAUCGAACCCACAACCCUGGCAUUGCAAACGCCAUGCUCUAUCAACUGAGCUACAUCCCUGCAUAGCAUGGAAUAGCCUGGGGGGACUUUCUUCAGUGGUGCAUUGAAUGGAGUGCUAGUCGGGCAGAAAGUGUUCUAAAGCCAAACACACUCGGCUAAAAAUGGUAUUUUUGGACCCAGUCCCAUCUGCAAUGUCCCACUUCUGCAACCCCCCCUCCCCCCCUCUGUAUCUAUUUCCGUGGCUGAUUUUAAAAAAGAGAGCUUACAAGAGUAAAGAGAGCCGAUAGCUACUGUCAGUGUAUUUCACCCCUACCGUACUCUGGCUAUUCUUCAGCCUUUGUUUUUCUUCCCUGUCCUCAGUGAACCCUAAGAAAGACAGCGAGAACACCCCAGUGAAGGGGGGGGCAGUGGCUGAUUUGGGUAAGUGUGUGUGUGUGCAGAACUAUUUCAGUGUUUAAGUAUCUACCUGUCUCAGUACUAAACUGUCAAUCACCGAGAUGUAUUGUUUAUUUUAUUUAUUUAACCUUUAUUUAACUAGGCAAGUCAGUUAAGAACAAAUUCUUAUUUACAAUGACGGCCUACCAAAAGGCAAAAGGCGGGGACGGGGAAAAAAAAUCAUUAAAAUAUAGGCCCAAACAUACAUCACGACGAGAGAGACCUAAGACGACAACAUAGCAUGGCAGCAACACAUGACAACAAUGGAUAGAGUGAUGUCAUAAUGCACUCUCUCUGUCUUCUAGAUGAUCUGGAGGAUGGCUCUGUGGUCUCCGGAGGCAAGGUAACACCAGUUUUUUUCCUUAAAACCUUUAAUGAUUGCCUCUAAAUACAUUCUCUUUUCCAUCUUCAUCGUAAACUGUUCCCUAUUCACCCACACACACAACCAUAGUUGUCAUUGAUAGAUAUAGGAUGAGAUUAUCAUAACCCCUGUUCUUAGCAUAUCCAGAAGGGGAUGGAAAAAUGUCUGACCUGGUGUCAGUGUUUAGAGGCAAUGUCUACCUAUUUGUAGAUUUGGGCCCGGUUUCCCGAUAGCGAUGGAACUUAGGCCUACGGCUGUUUUUAACGUUGCAUCUUUCCUACAACGGCCGAAGAUGUAACAUGCGUUUCCCAAAACACCACACAGAGAGAACGGUCACAAAGUGCGUAAUUGGAGCAUGUGUCGAUACUGAUGCGAUCGAAAGAAGGGGAGUGCUGGUCUCAGAUCAGCUUUCUCCAUUAAAAUCUUUCCUUAAAAUUAUAAUUAUUUCACAAUACUGAUGACGGAUCAGCUCCUAUUACCACCUACGUCUGCAAAUAUUGAGUCCGCUUAUUAUAAUGCUUACCCAAUGACAAUGCACUAAAUCACCAAUUUGGCACAUCAUUGCGCACAUGUUCGGCUACAUAUCAUGAAAUAUAUUGAGACAAAUUAGACCGUAGCCUACAAGUAGCAAAAUAGAACUCAGUUGAGUUUUUAUAUGUCGCUUGUUUGUGUCCAUCGCAAAGACAUUGACAACAUUGUAUUUGUAGUGAACUUUGUUCGGAAGUUAACGGCGGUCACAGACUGAUAAACCAUGUGAUUCUAUGUUUAGCGGAGGUCUUCUGUGUAUAAAGUGACACGGGAGGGCAAAAAAGCAUCUGACGCACUUAGCUGUUCUACGAGUGGUCUGAGGCAUGCGUUAGAUUACGAGCGUUUUCCAGUGCAACGUUAAUAACGUUGGUUUUAGGAAACACCUCCAAGAUUUAACGAUGCUCCUAUGAAGGUUCUAACGAUGAACUUAGCCAUAAGAUGCUUUUGGGAAACCAGGUCCUGUUCUGCCGUAAAGUACCACCAGACGCAGCCUCUUUCAGAUCCAGUUUUCCUACAUUUGGAAUGGGACUAUUCCUGAUUCAUCUGGAAAUCCUGCUUUAACGUUUGAUCCUCCGUUCAUAUAUAAUAGAAACUGACCAACCCCUAGCCAGAAUUCUGCUCUCCUUUCUUGCCUAUUUUGACCUGAUCCCAUCCGUGUGAACCUUCCCAAGUUCUCUCACAUCACCCCGCUCCUCCGCACACUCCACUGGCUUCCAGUUGAAGCUCGCAUCUACUACAAAACCAUGGUGCUUGCCUACGGAGCUGUGAAGGGAACGGCACCUCCGUACCUUCAGGCUCUGAUCAGUCCCUACACCCAAACGAGGGCAUUGUGUUCAUCCACCUCUGGCCUGCUGGCCCCCCUACCUCUGCGGAAGCACAGUUCCCGCUCAGCCCAGUCAAAACUGUUCGCUGCCCUCACGACGCCAGGACAGCGGAGUCACUCACCACCUUCCGGAGACACUUGAAACCCCACCUCUUUAAGGAAUACCUGGGAUAGGAUAAAGUAAUCCUUCUACCCCCCCUUACCCCACCCCCCCCCCCAAAAAAACAUAUAUAUAUAAAAAAAAAUAUUGUAAAGUGGUUGUCCCACUGGCUAUCAUAAGGUGAAUGCACCAAUUUGUAAGUUGCUCUGGAUAAGAGCGUCUGCUAAAUGACGAAAAUGUAAAUGUGUGACUCUGUCUCCCCCUGCAGGAGGAGGAGGAGCAGGGCAAGGCCGAUGUCAACCGCCUCAUCGACUCCAGCGAGGACAACGUGACCGAGCAGACCCACCACAUCAUCAUCCCCAGCUACGCCGCCUGGUUCGACUACAACUGGUGAGGAAUGGCCCACUGUUCUUAAUGUGUGUGGAGUGUAUCGUGUGUGUUUUGGGGUGGGGGUGUAUUUUAUUUUUGUGUCUGAGUUUACUCCCCCCCCCCCCUCUCUUUCAGUAUCCAUGAGAUUGAGAGGCGUGCACUGCCAGAGUUCUUCAACGGCAAGAACAAGUCCAAGUCCCCAGAAAUGUGAGUCAGCAAAGAACACUGCCCCACACACAACGCACUCAAACCAUUAAAGAACUGCAGACGCACGCUUUCACUAAGAAUUUUCCGUCGUAUAUACACACAAACACACACCCAUUGCUGUAUAACACAUUACAUCCUUAUUUGUUCAGACUAUUCAGUGGUUUGUUUGUAAAAUGUGUUUUCCUGUCUUGUCCCUGUCAGAUAUCUGGCCUACCGUAACUUCAUGAUCGACACGUAUCGGCUCAACCCCCAGGAGUACCUGACCUCCACCUCCUGCCGCAGGAACCUGACGGGAGACGUGUGUGCCGUCAUGAGGUGAAAGGUCAAGGGGUUAACAUGAAAUGGAUUCCCUAGGGCAGAAGCUAGGACGUUGUUCGUCAGGGCACACCGUUUGGGAUCCUGAGUGGCGCAGCGGUCUAUGGCACUGCAUCGCAGUGCUAGAGGCGUCACUACAGACCCGGGUUCGAUCCCGGGCUGUAUCACAACGGCCGUGAUCGGGAGUCCCAUAGGGCGGCGCACAAUUGGCCCAGCGUCGUCCGGGCUAGGGGAGGGUUUGGCCGGUGUAGGCCGUCAUUGUAAAUAAGAAUUUAUUCUUAACUGACUUGCCUAGUUAAAUAAAACGCUUUGUAAGGGGGGGGUUGCAAGCCUGUUCCAGUCAGUUUUUUUUCUCCAUUUGGUCUCUAAUGAAUAAUACUCAGGUUUAGUUGGACUGUCCUGUCUUGCUCUAGAUCACUGAUCAGGAGUGAUGAUUGUGGAGUAUAUUCUUUGCAUGUAUCUAACUGUCAUGUCUCUCUCUUCUAGGGUCCAUGCAUUCCUGGAGCAGUGGGGGCUGGUGAACUACCAGGUGGAUGCUGAGAGCCGGCCCCUCCCCAUGGGCCCCCCGCCCACCCCCCACUUCAACGUGCUGGCUGACACCCCCUCUGGCCUGACGCCGAUGCACCACCGCCCCCCACAGGUUAGAUAGACAACUACAUGGAGCUUUGGUCACAUUGCUUUCACCUGUCCAGCCCUUUCAGGUGUUUGGAUACUGAGGGGAAUGGUCUUUAAACCAAAUACACAUACAGGCGCUGUGUGUCUGCAACCAUUAAUUUUGAUGAUUUGAUGGGUCACAAAUGUUGUGAGUGGUUGAGCGAAAGUAUUCACUGCAUCCUCUGACCACUGUGUGAUUCCUUUCACCCUGUCUCUCCUCCAUCCAUCCUUCUAGAUCCCCUCUGGCCAGCAGAUGCUCAACUUCCCAGAGAAGGGCAAAGACAAGCCCUCUGACAUGCAGAACUUUGGCCUGCGUAACGACCUCUACUCCAAGAAGAACCCCAAGAGUAAAGGAACCAGCGGCGGCCGGGAGUGGACCGAGCAGGAGACCCUGCUCCUAUUGGAGGUACGUCAAUCACAACUUACCAGCUGACCAAUCACAAAUGGACUGCAUAGCAUACCAGCCUAUCGGAGCCUUUCUCAUCCCUUCAUCUCCCUUCACACCACUUCACUAAUCGCAAACAUAAUCUAAAACCUACCAGCCUAUCAGAGCUCUUCUCAUUCCUCUAUCUCCUCCCUACCAGGCUCUGGAGAUGUACAAGGAUGACUGGAACAAGGUGUCGGAGCACGUGGGCUCGCGCACCCAGGACGAGUGUAUCCUGCACUUCCUGCGUCUGCCCAUCGAGGACCCCUACCUGGAGAACUCUGAGUCGUCCCUGGGCCCCCUGGCCUACCAGCCCGUACCCUUCAGCCAGUCAGGCAACCCCGUCAUGAGCACUGUGGCCUUCCUGGCCUCCGUGGUGGACCCCCGCGUGGCCUCCGCCGCCGCCAAGGCAGCCCUGGGUACGUGACUGGGGAGUGUGUUGGGGGGAACUGGGUGUGUGGGUCAUUUGCAAUAUGUGGUAGCCUAGCAAGUGUGUUUUAUCGUAAAAUAAAAUGUGUUUUCAUUUGUAUGUAAUAUCACACUGCAUGUAGUGUGUGGUAAGGAUACGGUUGUGUGUGUAAUAUCGCUGUGUGUUUGAACAUAUCAGUGUGUGUGUGGAGGGACUAUCACAAGGUGUGAGUCUGUAGCUAACUGCAGUGCCUCCCUCUCUCUCCAGAGGAGUUUAGCCGUGUGCGUGAGGAGGUGCCAGCAGAGCUGGUGGAGGCCCAUGUGAAGAAGGUUCAGGAGGCGGCCCGCAGCACGGGCAAGGUAGACCCCGCCUAUGGCCUGGAGAGCAGCGGCAUCGCAGGAACCGCCCCCGAGGAGCCCGAGAAGACCGGUAAAACAGAACACACACUCAGAAAAGAACAUACAACCUCGGAAAAGAACACACACUCAGGACAGAACAGAAUACACACAUACUCGGAACAGAACACAUGCAUUCAGAUAUAUGUACACACAGUCACACAUUUGCAAAGGUAGAUACAAAAAUAUACACUAGUGAUCGGGGGAAAAAAUUGAAAGUUAUAUAUUGGGAUCAUUUUGACUAUCACAAUUUUAUUUUUGCGCUAGUUGGCUGUACCUGCACCAAUUUCCAGAAUUUUUUCUUCAUAGCGUGUUCUCCAUCUUUUUAAAUAUGGAGCCAAUUUUUGUUCAGCACUUAUUUCCAUGACUGAUCAAAACUUGUUUUUUCAUGGCUGUCUCUUGUCCCUCUGCAGCAAUAUGUUUGGAACAUCGAAUUGCAAUACAAUCACAGUAUCGAAUCACAAUACAUAUAGAAUUGCGUAAGCACACAUGCCUUCAUAUAAACAUACAAAAACGUUCUCUCAUCACAUACGUUAAACAUACUCUCAUGCAUACGAUACUCACACAAAAUACCCACCCAUAUGCACACGCCCACAUUUAGAUGGAGUACUGAGUGUUACCAGUGGAGGGCAGCAAAUGGCCAAGACACAGACAGACCACAGCUAACAGGUUAGGGCGAGGCUGCUCUUAGCCAGCUGUCGGCAGGUCACCUAGACCUUAUGCCUACCUCCUGCAUGUGUGUGUGCGCUCGCGUGGGUAAAGCCAGAUGUGGAUUCUCACCAGAACAUUAGAGGUUCCAGCUGAAAUCAGGAUGGCCAGUGGGGGGGGGGCGACGUAGAGGUUUCUUCAGAGUGUGUUAUGUGUAUGUGCCUGGCUGCCGUGGUAACCAGUGGAUUAGAAUGGCAGAUGGGGGUGGGGGAGGGGUUGAAACUGGGUCAACACACUAUGCCAUGUGCCAUGGGCCUCAAUGCCUGGUACACAAACAGCAAUCCCUCAAUCAGCAAUUACACAUGAAUAAAUGCAUGUUACACACACACGCAUCAGCAAUCAAUAAAUGGCCUAAAUGCAUUCAAUACCCUCCCCAAAGCAGUCUACCAUCUCUCAUACAGGUCAAUAAUUGCAUAGUAGAAAACAUGCACACAUGGACAUGCUUUUUCAAACACACAUUCAUGCGCUCACUCCCCAUAGACUCACUCACUUUCUCCUACAUUUGCACAUGCACACACACACACACACACACACAAAUACACACUGUCUGAACCAUGGUGAGGGUCUACUGAUGAUGCAUAAUCUGUUUUCUCUGAGAAAUGUCUUGUUCUUUGUCUAGCCCUUUUCUCAAACCCCGUCUCUCUGUCUGUCAUUGUAGAGCCAGCAGAGACAGAGAAAAUGGACACAGACUCCGACUCCCAGCAGCCUGACAAGGUGAGACGACCCAGGGGUGAGAGGUCUUUUAGUUUAGUUAAUUCAUUCGACCAUUUAAAAAAACAAGCACACAUAAAACUUGAAAAAGCCAUACAUACACAUGAGUAAAAUCAUCGAGGAUAACACACAAUCAAGUCUGGGACUUAUUUCCAUUGUGGUCCUCUUGAAACAAGAUGGCUAGGAAAGAUCCAACACGGUUGAACACCGUAUAACAGAGAGAUGAUAAUAAAACAUAGAUAGAACAUCUAUCUCAUCGUUGCAGUUACAUCGUAGGGGACAUUCAUAUGGGCACAGAAGACAUCAAACAGUGUUUUACUUUAUUUCUAAAGCAGGCAGUCAUACGGUCUGCCCCCUACAUUUACUACUCUCUCUCUCUCACCAUCCAUCCACCCUAUUUCUCUGUGUUUAGGAAGGCCACAGGGUAAAUGUAACACCACAGAUCACAUUAGCAGGAGUUAGCCAUGCAUCAGUGACCAGUGUAGAGGGGGGAAUCUUCAUUAACCUUCAUUAGCCAUCUCCUAUCCACGCUGGUUCUGGUCCUGAUUGUUUUACUGCAGGCUUAUUGAAAUACAGAGCAUUAACUUUGACCCUUGUUCGGUUUAGUUCAUUUUUCUCCUUAGCUCUCAAUGACCUGUCUAGCUGUAGUCUUCAGUUUGGUAUUUCUCAGUUCUAUAUCACCUUCAGUUCUGUGUGACCUGCAUAUAAAUAUAGUCAGCUAUGUAACACCUCAGUCUUACCUGUCGCUGCGCGUCUCUGUUGUCUCAGGCUGAGUCUAAGGAUGAGGCGGAGAAGCCCAGUGAGUCUGCUGAGAAGCCGGCCGAGGGAGAGAAGGUGAAGAGCGAGACGGCCGAACCGUCGGAGCGGGAGGAGGGAGAGAGCGAGGGAGGAGAGGGCAAGGCUACAGCAGGUACAGUAGAUGGAUGAUUCAAUCGAAGCAGAAUAGCCUUUUUUUAUUUGGGUUGUAUAAGUCCUGCAUUGACUUGAAUUGAUAUCGAAUUAUAAUGUUUAUGCAAUGUUUUCGCAAUGUUUUCAGACAAAGGCAAGGAGGAGGCCAUGGAGACCUCGGAGGAUGACAAGGAGAAGGAGGAUCAGGGAACGAUGGACGAGGAGGAAGAGGAGAGGAAGAAGCUAGAGUCGGACGGAGGGGAGGGGAACAUCGCUACUGCAGCCGCCGCUGCCCUCGCCUCAGCUGCCACCAAGGCCAAGGUGAGCUUAUUCUAGAGGGCCCAGGGGUGAGCUUAUACUAGAGGGCCCAGGGGUGAGCUUAUACUAGAGGGCCCAGGGGUGAGCUUAUACUAGAGGGCCCAGGGGUGAGCUUAUACUAGAGGGCCCAGGGGUGAGCUUAUUCUAGAGGGCCCAGGGGUGAGCUUAUUCUAGAGGGCCCAGGGGUGAGCUUAUUCUAGAGGGCCCAGGGGUGAGUACUGAGGCCCGGGGCUUAUUCUAGAGGGCCCAGGGGUGAGCUUAUUCUAGAGGGCCCAGGGGUGAGCUUCUUCUAGAGGGCCCAGGGGUGAGCUUAUUCUAGAGGGCCCAGGGGUGAGCUUAUUCUAGAGGGCCCAGGGGUGAGCUUAUUCUAGAGGGCCCAGGGGUGAGCUUAUUCUAGAGGGCCCAGGGGUGAGCUUAUUCUAGAGGGCCCAGGGGUGAGCUUAUUCUAGAGGGCCCAGGGGUGAGCUUAUUCUACAGGGCCCAGGGGUGAGCUUAUUCUAGAGGGCCCAGGGGUGAGCUUAUUCUAAGGGCCCAGGGGUGAGAUUAUCUAGAGGGCCAGGGGUGAGUUAUCUAGAGGGCCAGGGUGAGACUUAUUCUAGAGGGCCCAGGGGUGAGCACUUUGUACAGUGAGGGAAAAAAAGUAUUUGAUCCCCUGCUGAUUUUGUACGUUUGCCCACUGACAAAGAAAUGAUCAAUCUAUAAUUUUAAUGGUAGGUUUAUUUGAACAGUGAGAGACAGAAUAACAACAACAACAAAUCCAGAAAAACGCAUGUAAAACAUUUUAUAAAUUGAUUUGUAUUUUAAUGAGGGAAAUAAGUAUUUGACCCCCUCUCAAACAAAAAUAUUUCUGGCUCCCAGGUGUCUUUUAUACAGGUAACGAGCUGAGAUUAGGAGCACACUCUUAAAGGGAGUGCUCCUAAUCUCAGCUUGUUACCUGUAUAAAAGACACCUGUCCACAGCAAUCAAUCAAUCAGAUUCCAAACUCUCCACCAUGGCCAAGACCAAAGAGCUCUCCAAGGAUGUCAGGGACAAGAUUGUAGACCUACACAAGGCUGGAAUGGGCUAUAAGACCAUCGCCAAGCAGCUUGGUGAGAAGGUGACAACAGUUGGUGUGAUUAUUCGCAAAUGGAAGAAACACAAAAUAACUGUCAAUCUCCCUCAGCCUGGGGCUCCAUGCAAGAUCUCACCUCGUGGAGUUGCAAUGAUAAUGAGAACGGUGAGGAAUCAGCCCAGAACUACACGGGAGGAUCUUGUCAAUGAUCUCAAGGCAGCUGGGACCAUAGUCACCAAGAAAACAAUUGGUAACACACUACGCCGUGAAGGACUGAAAUCCUGCAGCGCCCACAAGGUCCCCCUGCUCAAGAAAGCACAUAUACAGGGCCGUCUGAAGUUUGCCAAUAAACAUCUGAAUGAUUCAGAGGAGAACUGCGUGAAAGUGUUGUGGUCAGAUAAAACCAAAAUCGAGCUCUUUGGCAUCAACUCAACUCGCCGUGUUUGGAGGAGGAGGAAUGCUGCCUAUGACCCCAAGAACACCAUCCCCACCGUCAAACAUGGAGGUGGAAACAUUAAGCUUUGGGGGUGUUUUUCUGCUAAGGGGACAGGACAACUUCACCGCAUCAAAGGGACGAUGGACGGGGCCAUGUACCGUCAAAUCUUGGGUGAGAACCUCCUUCCCUCAGCCAGGGCAUUGAAAAUGGGUCGUGGAUGGGUAUUCCAGCAUGACAAUGACCCAAAACACACGGCCAAGGCAACAAAGGAGUGGCUCAAGAAGAAGCACAUUAAGGUCCUGGAGUGGCCUAGCCAGUCUCCAGACCUUAAUCCCAUAGAAAAUCUGUGGAGGGAGCUGAAGGUUCGAGUUGCCAAACGUCAGCCUCAACCUUAAUGACUUGGAGAAGAUCUGCAAAGAGGAGUGGGACAAAAUCCCUCCUGAGAUGUGUGCAAACCUGGUGGCCAACUACAAGAAACGUCUGACCUCUGUGAUUGCCAACAAGGGUUUUGCCACCAAGUACUAAGUAAUGUUUUGCAGAGGGGUCAAAUACUUAUUUCCCUCAUUAAAAUGCAAAUCAAUUUAUAACAUUUUUGACAUGCGUUUUUCUGGAUUUUUCUGUUGUUAUUCUGUCUCUCACUGUUCAAAUAAACCUACCAUUAAAAUUAUAGACUGAUCAUGUCUUUGUCAGUGGGCAAACGUACAAAAUCAGCAGGGGAUCAAAUACUUUUUUCCCUCACUGUAUAUCUGACCCUGAAACUACACCGCAAGCAUAGCGGCAGCUUUCCGUAUGCGCUGUUUUUGGUGUCCGAAACCAGAAGUAGCAAACGGAGGCAGAAAUCAAAAGCGAGAGACACUUUUUCAGUUGGGAAGCGUGAACGAAAUGCAAUGAAAUAGACCUGAAGCCUUAACAGAUGCUUCAGCAGCUCAAGCUCCAUUCACUCAUGCUAUGCUUGCGCUGCCGGUGUAGCAUCUCUCAUUGAUCGGUAUGUCAGUUUUCCCCAUGGCUCAAAAGCGCUUGCGCUACGCUUACACUACCUGGCCAGUCUAGUUGUUACUUCUCUUUCCUCUGUAUUUCUCCCUUUCCCUGUAGCACCUGGCGGCGGUGGAGGAGAGGAAGAUCAAGUCUCUGGUGGCUCUGCUGGUGGAGACUCAGAUGAAGAAGCUGGAGAUCAAGCUCAGACACUUUGAGGAGCUGGAGACCAUCAUGGACCGAGAGAAAGAGGCUGUAAGUAGUGGGACAGAGGUGGAUUAUGGGAAAUGUAGUUCAGUGGAAGACUGCUGCUGGUUGAACGUGUUUGUAGUUUCAGACCCCUUUGGGAUGUGAAAGGAUUGGAUAUGCAUCUGAAAUGUAGUGGUAUCUAGGCUAUAUCAGUGUUAGUUAUCACCCAUCCAGGCAUUUGAGAUGUGUGUGAGGUAGAGCCAACGACAGAUGGAUAACUUGGCUGGACAAAUAGAUGGUUUUGGGAGUGGGCCUAUAUCUACAACAUAAGCAGAGGAAGUGAAAAGUGUAAAUAUAAAACAUUUGCAUUAAUAAUGGAUGGUAAUUUGAGGGGUGGGGAGUACACAGAGGAUAGUAGAAUAAAGAACAUGCAAGCAUAUGAAGGAAACACACUUGGGGGGGGGGGGGGGGGGGGUCAGGCGUCGUUGCUGUGUCCAUUUGGAUACACAUGGUUUAAGUUGCUCAACUAACUGCUGGGUAGAUAGGGGGCCUGUAGUCCAGUGGAAAGGGUGGCUGUGUGUGUCAGGAGUGUAAAACUCUAAAGCGUGGAGCUGCUGCGGACCGUAGGCCAGUGAACAGCCUGAUAAAUAGUGCAUGAAAAAGCCAGCCAGCCAUUACAUAACCCUCUGGAACAGCACCCAGGCUGCCUCCCUCCUACCGUUACCACAGGCUGUAAACACUGGGUCACACACACUCUCUCAAAUACACACUGUGUCUCCGUCUUAAACACACACACACACAAAUGCUAAAUAAGGGCACUCCUCACUGUCUUACUACUCCACAUUCUUCCACCUCUACAAAUGUACUUACCAGGGCACAAAUAGGGAAUAUACUUCCUCUCCCUUACCUCCUUCCCUCUCUUUUUCCACCUCUCUCCGUCUCUGUAGAGUUUCUGGUAAUGGAAUUCCCCAAUUUGAUUCCGUGUCAGAGAGAGUGUUAGUGGUUUAUUGCAUGCAAAUCAAUUCCUUUUAUCGACAUUUCCAGCCAUUGCUCCCUCUCUCCUUCCUGCUUCCAGAGUGGUCCUGUUUCACUGCCCCCUCUCUUCCUCCUCACGGUCUCAUUCCAUUGCUUUUCCUCUCUCCCGCUGCACCGCUCUUCCCCUCUGUCAUAAUGUCAGCUAUCGUGAUCAUUUUGUCUUUAUAGCUUAUACUCUGUUUAAUUCUUUCCUUAUUCCUCUCCCUCAUUCUUUGAUUUAUCAAUCCAUGGCACAAUGAAAUGAAGCUGUUUUGUGUAUCACCACCCUCCUCCAUAUACCACUGUUGACUUGGUAUAUCAUCCUCUCUCUGUGAUACUAUGAGUAAUGAUCAUCCUUAUACUUGUGGACAAUGGGCUUUUGAGAAGCGAAUGGGAAUGAUAAUCAUGAUUAAUAGUAUGAUAAAAUGAUGACCUCACCCCCCAUCUCUCUCGCAAUCGCCCUCUCUUCCUGUCCCGCUUUCUAACCCCACCCUCUCUCACCCCUAUUUCUGCCACCUCUCUCUAACCCCCCUCUCUCACCCCUCCAGUUGGAGUUGCAGAGGCAGCAGCUGCUGACGGAGCGCCAGGCCUUCCACAUGGAGCAGCUGAAGUAUGCUGAGAUGAAGGCCCGCCAGCAGAUGGAGCAGCAGCAGGCCAACGCAGCGGCCCAGGGACCCACACCCCACCAUGGCCCCCCAGGCCCAGGCAUGCACCACGGACCCACCCACCACGGACCCCCUCCCGCCAUGCACUCCGGACACGGCCCCCCCGGCCCCGGGUUCCACCCCAUGGGUCCCCACCACCCGCAACAGACAGGUAAGGUCACACACACUGGAGCACACCAUCUCUCAGCAAAGAAGCGCACAAAAGACCCAGAAACUCCUGGAACAAUAUCCAAGGCAAGGGAAUAACACAAAAUAUUAGCUAGGAAACAUUAGCCAGUUUUCAAAAACAUGUUCCAGCACACUGAUUCUGUGAUAGGCCAAGUGUCUCACCAAGCCUCUCCUUUUGUUUAGGACCAAUGGGAGGGCCCGGUCAGCCCAUGCCAGGGCGCAUGAUGCCUGGCGGCCCCCCUCCUGGCAGCAUGCCUCCCAUGAUGGGCCCCCGCCACCCUGGAGCCCCCAACGGCAUGUGUGAGUACACUAUCUGUACCUGCAUUCCAGAUCCUGUGUGUGUGUUGGUGUGUCCCAUUCUCUAACCAGUGUGUGCUCUGUCCUCAGACCCUGGCCCCUCGCCUGUACAGCCUGAUGGGAUGCCCCCAGCGUCUGUGGGACCUCAAGCUGCAGCCCCAGCACGAGUUGCUGACAACUAA